AUUAAAUCGAGUGCAACGAACUCCCGGUACGUUCGUGAAAUACAUUCAACCCCAAAAUGUCUGCUAUGAAUUUUGGGCAAAAAAGCUUCAAACCUCGACCGCCGGACAAGGGCAGCUUUCCUCUGGAUCACGAUGGGGAAUGCAAGAAGUUUAAGGAGAAUUUUAUGGAGUGUCUCAGAAAACAUCACAACGACAACAAUCAGUGUCGGCUACAGACCAUGGAGUACCUGCAGUGUCGGAUGGAAAGAGAUCUGAUGACAAAGGAACCCAUGAAGAAACUUGGUUUUGCAGACAUGGAUGCAACAAAAGAGCAGAGCAGCUAGCGAAGGACCUAAACGUUUUAACUCCAUUGGACUAUGAACAAGAUUUGUUCAGCAAAACGACCUAGUUGACUUGCGAACAAAUCAAAAGCGGCUUUUAAAAAACGGGGAGAAGUUUCCAACAGUUGGCCUUUGUACCAGGGAAGCAUAGGUAUAACUCCCAGGAGGUUGUGUGCUGUCAAAGCGGAAAUGCUCAAGUGCUACAGCGCAAGUCAGAUUUUAUACAACGCCUUAAUAAAUGCCUGUCAUUAUGAUUGGUACUUGUAGGUCGCUGAUCACAUGAUUUAUUCAUCCCAGCCCACAGCCCGGCCCGGCCGACCCGCAAAAAUAGAAGUUCUAUUGCACGGUAAAUAGAAGUUCCAUUGCAUGAUCACAUGACUGGUG